UCCCCACGGCGAAAAGAAAAAAUACGCAGUAGGGCCUCAUUUAGAGCUUGUUAUUUUUACAAAGUUCUUAAAAUGUGAUGUUGACUUAUUAUGAAUCGUUAUCUGUUCAAGGAGACAUGGAAUGAUAUUUAUCAAUUAGCAAAUGUUAUCAAACUCCGACGUAUUCCGAAAAAUCACGACCAGUCACGAAUGGAAAUAGGCUAUCUAAUAUGGCGACUGCAAGAGACUACCUCCACUGAGUCAGGGAAAAUUUGUUGUGAUUUGGUCUCCGGAAGUGCCUCAAGAAACCAACGAAAUGAUAUUUAGUUAAGUGACUCGGUAACAUCGACCAUGGAUUUUGUAGAUCUCGACAAAGUUCUUGAUGAGUUCGAAGAAGAAGAGAAGGCUGCAGACUCUCUGACCCCUGGCCAGGAAGUGAGGCCGAGUGGCUACUCCGAGUAUUUGGAGUCCCACCGAGACAAGCCAUGGGAGUCGUUGGCGGAAGUCCCUGUGUCUGGACUUGGCAUGCAGCUGGGGUAUGGCCUGGCAGGGAAGGGAAGCAUGGAAGGUAGCAUGUACGACUAUGAUACUCCAUAUGAUGCAGGGGGUAACAGAAAACAUGACUUCAUUGAUGCAACUCAUCUGGCAAAUCUAAAGAGAAAUGUUGCCAAUGUGGAGUUUGGCCGAGGUGACUUGGACCUGGGUGGUAGCAUUCAGUAUGGCAGUGGUAGCAAGCAGGAUAGCCUUCAGCACAGGAUUAGCCUGUCUGAAAAGGAAGCUGAUCUAGUGUCCAAGAGUAAUGAUCUGUCUGUUGAACCAAACUCAAUUUUGACAUUGACAGCCUCAGGAGAGGCAGAGAAAGAACACUGGAACAAUUCUGAACAGGACAUUGUUGAUGGUGAUAAUGAUAUUGGUGAUUCUGUGUAUUCCAAACAUAAUGGCUCAGUUGUUAAUGACGACUUCCAGAACUCAACAAAAGGCUUGGUAGCUUCCCAGGUGACCGCAGUGCAGACUGACGCCUUGACACCCAGAACUGAGAGAGAACUUGAUUCCGUACCAUUUCCAAAGUCGGACAUUAUUGUUGAUGGGCAUGGUAAUUCUGAAGUUAAUGUUAUAACUAAUUUCCAUGAUCAUAACUCAAUACCCAUUGGAUCUAAGCCUCAUGACCCCUAUCAGCAUUCUGCACCCUAUGCAAGACUCGAGUCGGUUCCCACAAAUCACACAGACUCUGUACUGAUGGAUUCCCACACCAAGUCAACAGAUAAAUCACCUGGUAUGCAGAUUUCUGAUAAUGUAAAUGGGACAAAAUUAGGUCAAGGUCAUUCCCAAUCUACAGGGGGAACAACUGUGGGGUUUGACAGUGUUGGUGGUGAUGUUGAUGAAAAUGAAAUUGAUCAGUAUCUCAAUGACUCAUUUGACACAUCUGACAGCAAGCAACAGAACCAGCAUGGUUUACCUAAACAGGUUAAUCCAGACAUUGUGCUUGACAUUGGUAGAAGUGAAAACUUCAUGAAUGAUCAAAAGGGUGUUGUGCAAUAUUCUCCUCUACCAGGCCCUGGUGGCGUGGCAAGUGUUCCUUCACAGAUCCCUCAUUCAGAGGGGAUGGAUGUGUCAGAGAACCAAACUCAAGUCUGUGAAUUAAUGAAUAGUAAACAGUCGCAGAAUGCUUAUAGUGAUUCUGAUGUGUUGACACAGACUGGGGGUCAAGAUCAGAUGAGAGAUACAAAUCUUGUUCCUACUCUUCAGUCCACCUCAAGGGAUGUUUCACCUGACUCCAGGAAACAACAAGGUUCCUGUGGAAAUGUGAACUCUGCAUCUGAAGAAUCAUCUUUAAGUGAUGCUGGAAGAUAUGGCAGUGCUGGUGGGUCUUCAGAGGCCAACUCCAGCCCCAGCGAACAGGGCAGUCCCCCGACUGUUGGGAUAGGAGCCAGGCCAAAAGAUCCAUCCUCCAUUAAAAAGAAUCGCCCUAAUAGUUUGUUAGGACUUUCUAAAGUCAAUAUGGCUUCUCCAUAUAAUAUUGUUCUUGAGGUUUCUGAAACUUCUGAAUCUGUAGCUCAAAUGGCAGAAGGACAUUUGCUAGCAGAGUCAUCCCAGAGUAGGGACAUGGCUGGUAGUGAGAUGAUGGAGCCACCUCCUGGCAGUGUUAAUCAGUAUGGAGGUAGUUUCCCACAGCCGCCUGGAGGAGAGGUCAGGGAGGUUCCUACUGCUCCUGGCAGUGAACAAAAACAACUGUCAAACUUUGAGAUCCGCCAACAGAUUGAACAGGAGCAAAGACAGAGGAUGGACAGGAUGUCGGUCGGGCAACACAUUAACCAACAAGAUGGACAGCCUAAUGACCAGCCUGUAGAUGGGAUGAUGGAAGGGGAGGCCAGUGAGGAUGAGGUGGUUGGAGAGGUCACUACCCUGGCUGGAGUUGGGGAGACGAUGGAUGACAUGCCGAUAAUGAGGCGGGGUGAGGAGCAGCUUGUCCAGCCAGGGCUCAACGUACCGGCUGGUAUGCCAGCUCGGCCCCACUCCUGGAGUCCAGGAUCAGGUCAGAUAGCCCCACCGGGCAAACUAAGGCGUCCCACCAGUCUGAACUUGCCCCCUCGGGGAGAGCUUGCCAUGGCUGGUGACCGGUCCCCGGACACAAGUGGGCGGAUGCGGGGCAUUGGAAUGAUGCAGGAGGAAAUCCCCGAGGAGGAGACAGCCGAGCAGUCAGUAGGGGAAGAGUACAGUGAAGGUGACGAAGGUCUUACAGAAGCUUCUGGGGUAACAGAUGAGGAGGGGUCUCUACCCAUGUCUAAUGAACCUCCCCCACCCUCCAUUAUCCACUCCAACCUGGGUCGGGUGGCCCCCACUUGGGUGCCAGACCACGAGGCACCCAACUGUAUGCAGUGCCAGGCCAAAUUCACGUUCACCAAGAGGAGGCAUCACUGUAGAGCCUGUGGCAAGGUGUUCUGCUCAACAUGCUGCAGCCAGAAGAGUGCUCUGGCCUACAUGGACCUGAAGGAGGCUCGGGUGUGUCAGCAGUGUCAUCAGCUUCUCCAGUCAGCUGAUUGGUCGCCGACCGGUGGUUCGUCUCGCCGGAGCCCCAACCCCAAUAACCCCAGCGAAUACUGCUCUACCAUUCCACCUCAGCAACAGGCUAAUGCACACGUGCCCCUGCCCACUGUUUUGGUACCGGUGGGCGUCCUUAAACGAGAGGGGAGCCAGAGAAGAGCAGAGCCCAAACAAGUAAUGUUCUCAGAUGGGAUUCGUCCUGGAGGAGAUUUGACAGAGCUGGAUGGGUCCAGUGAGGCUCGGCUCCCCCCUAGGCUGGGACGACUUCAGAAGAAGGUGGAGAAGGCACAAGGUAAAAAUGAUCCAAAAUCCUCUCCCAAGACAAGGAGGCUGAGAGGAACUGAGAAUGCCAGGAACAGGUGCUUGAUCCCAGAAGAUGGUCUUCCCCCAUUGUACUCCCUGACAGAUGCAGGCGAUGUCAGUCUUGAAGACAAUUAUGACCCAGAGAAGCAUUUGCCACAGAUUAAAAAUGAGGAAGCUGAACCAAUCAUAUUUGCUAUUAACAGCAACCUGCAGGUGCUUGUCAAGAUCCUCAUGUUGGACUGUUGCGUGAACCGUGAAUGCUGGACUUUCACGACGCGUGGCCUUUGCACUGUGGGUCAAGACGAGAUAAUAAUAAUUCUGGAGUGUUUCCCUGAUGAGAGCCGACCUGCCAGGGACAUCUUCUGUCACUUUGCCACCAUGUACGAAGAGGCCGGGAAAGGUAACACUGUGUCAGACAUGGGACAUACCAUCUUCAACCAGAGUUUCCUGGACAGUCGAGACCAUGGAGGCUUCCUCUACCUGCGGCCAACGUUCCAGUGUCUGCAGAAGCUGCCCUUGCCAUCACCGCCAUAUCUGUUUGGAGUCCUGCUUCAGAAGUGGGAGACGCCCUGGGCCAAAGUGUUUCCCCUUCGGCUUCUGCUACGACUGGGGGCUGAAUACAGAUACUACCCGUGCCCCUGUGAGUAUCGCAAUCGCAAGCCUGUGUUCUUUGAGAUUGGCCACACCAUCAUGAACCUGCUGGCCGACUUCCGGAACUACCAAUACAUGCUGCCGCAGAUCCGAGGAGUCCACAUACACAUGGAGGACAAGAAGACUGUCAUCAACUUCCCCCGCAACAGAUAUGAUGAGCUGAUGAAGAUGGUCAACAGCAGUAACGAGCAUGUGAUGGCAUUGGGCUCCAGCUUAGCUGAUGCGGACUCUCACCUUGUGUGUAUACAGAACGAUGAGGGCAACUAUCAAGCGCAGGCCAUAAACAUCCAGAACAAACCUCGCAGAAAGGUCAUGACUGGUGCUAGUUUUGUGGUGUUUAAUGGCGCACUGAAGACAAGCUCAGGACUACGAGCAAAGUCGAGCAUAGUAGAAGACGGCCUAAUGGUGCAGAUCCUGCCAGACUGUAUGGUGGCAGUGAAACAAGCCAUCAAAGAUAUGACCGACUACACAAUCGGCUGUGGCAGCGCUGCUGUUGACAAGCCAGAGGAGGUGGUGGUCCUGCAGUGGGUGGAAGAUGACAAGAACACCAAUGUCGGUGUGAAGAGUCCCAUUGACAAGAUGUCCCUUGAUGGAGUGGAAAGUAUCCACAUUCACAACUCCACGGACUAUGUAGGGGAGCACCGUGCAAUUCGAUGGACAGAUGUGUUCUUCAUCCAGAAUGAGGACAGUGGCGCACGCUGGGAGCCAGUGGAUCUGAGUCGGCUGGCAGAGACUCUAGCGUCUGCAACCUGCAUCUGCCUCACACAACACCUGGACCGUCUGAAGGAGGCAGGGACCGUCAAGAUAGGACUCCGGGUCACUCUUGAUACAGAACAGGUUGGUUAUGAGAUUGGAUCCAAUGGUGAGAAACUGGCUGACUUCUACAUGAACGACCUUGACAGUGGUCUGAUUCCAGUGAUUCAUGGAGCAGUGUCACAGAGUCAGGACGGCCCUAUUGUCCUGGAGCUCGUAUUCUAUGUCCUAGAGUGACUGCACUGUUACAGGUUGAUCUUAGCUGCUUCCUGCCAUGAAGAAAAUGUAACAAUUCCAUGCACAGUGCAAGUGCUUUUAAUGAAAACAUGAGGAUUAGAAACAAUCUUUUGCAGUAUGGUGUUCAUGUAUUGUGGGCAACAGAUAUAUUUUAAGAUGAAGCACAUUUGAUAGAGACUUCAGUGCCCUGUGUACAGAGUGGGGAGAUUGGGCCACAGUUCUUCCUCUGAGAAUGUAUAGUCCCGUACUGCCUGUGAAGUGGCAACAUUGAAUAUUUAAUUUUCUCUUUCAUCAUGCUAUCAGCACUUAUAAUGUUAUAUAUUUAACACAGUACAGAAAUCAGACCAGUAAUAAGAGUGAUGACCCGCUGACAGUAAAAACUUUGUCCAAGACAUCAGAUUUUGCUGUUCAGGAUUUCAGCUCUUACCUUACCAGAACCUUCUUGGUGUGACGGAACCCAUUCGGGUAGAUUUCACCAAAGUAGUAUGUUUCUGAUGUGUGCCACAUUAAACAGAGUCGCCGUGACAACCGAAACUAAAACUCACUAACUCACAUGUUUUCAUGAACCAGUUUCUAAGUUUGGCUGGACUGUUGAUUGUGGUGUCAAGAUUGCUCGGUUUUAAUUGUAGAUAAGAUGUGUAUAUAGUGUUGAAACUCCCCAUGUAUGACGUGGCCAAUGUAACAACAGAAAAUACCUAUCGGACAAUUAUCUCAAAUAGACAGGGUUUGUGAAUAAUGAGCAUCAAAGUUGUGUAUUGUGUAAGAAAACUGUUAUAUUUAUUAUUUAGUGGGCAGAUUGUUAUAUCCUUUGGAGAGAAAUAUAUUAUGUGCAAAGACAGUGAUCUGUAAAUGAGAUGUAUGUACAAAUGUGUGCCAACUAUGUUUGUGUCGUAUGGCGUAUGUAAUCAGUGGUGUUUUAGUAUUGAACAAUGAGUUUGGACUCAUGCACCUCAAGCAUCAACAUCUUGAGUUUUUAGAGGAACAUGUCACUGGAUUCAGUCUUUAAUGCUCAGUAUUUCUGUUGUAUCUGCCAGUGUGUCGGCCUGUCAACAGUAUACUGAACCAGUUUAUUGAUGUGUGCCUCAGAUAUCCAACUGGCCAGGCAUUUGUUAGUGAAUGCACUAUAUGACCCUCCAGUGUCAGCUGCAAGGCUUUGGUCCAAUAUUUCCUAAUCAUUUUCAAGGGAGGUUAUUAAACUGAAUAGUAACCUGA